AUGAAAAGUCAAAUUGAUGAUAUUUGGAUGAACCCAGAAAUUGCACUAGCUUUUGAACCUUUGGCAAUAAUAGAUGCAGACUAUACAACCAGGAGUGAUCAUAAAAUUCUUCUAACUGAAUGGUAUAUGUUAUCAACGCUGAUGAAGCAAGCAGCUAAAGAUAAUAUACUAUCUGCCAUUACUGCACUGAAAGUGUUUCAUGCACACUCCUUUAAGACAACUCAAUUGUAUAGAGGACUAAAAGUUGCAAAUAAAACUCUAGCAUUAUUCAAGUCAAUUCACCCACCACUUACGCCUGAUUAUAUAAUAUCACAGAUAAAUAAGAAAUUGAAAACCCUGAGUGACCUGACAGGAAUUCCUACAUCACCGAAUAUCUCAGAUCUUCAGAAACAACAACACAUCCAAAUUAUGACCACACUGUUGAAUAAUCACAACUUUGACUCAUCUAGCACGAAAGUUCACCUACAAAAUCUUCAAAAUAAGGCAUUAACGAAUACUUUGAUUCUAAUAGAUGAACUCACCUUCCCAAUGGAGGUUGCAAACUUCUUUACGGUAAAAGAUACUAUCCGAGAUAUAGAAUCACCAACACUAUCUUUAAAAACACCAAACCCAUACUUCUGGCAAAAGGCCACACCAAAGAAAAAUAAGUGGAUCAUCACAGCUAAUAAACUAAUUGGGAAAAUCACAUCCUAUACUCAAGGAACUAUUCGCAUAAGACACUGGGUACUUGAUCAAACGAGACAAGUGCAACCAUGCCCAAACUGUGAAUACAAAAUAGCUAACAAGAGACUAGCAACCUUAGACCUAACUAGCAAUACCAAUACAUCCAAAAUUCUGGUAAAAAUUCAGCGUAAUAACAAAAGAGUAAUACUAACAGCAACUAUACAUAUGGAUAAUAAGCCUAUAAUUGCUAUUCAAAACAAGACCUGGUCAACACCCCAAAAGGUUGGGCUAACAGCCCUAUUGAUUCUCUUAACACUAGCACCCUCUGAAUCUAAAAUAGUACUUAGUACAAAUUCAACAUUUGUCUGUGAUAUUAGAUUUGACCACUGUAGUGAACCUCUUUGGCUACAACAAGUUAAAAGACAAGACUAUGCAGACUACGAGAUAGGCAUCAAUACAUUAAUAAAUAUAAAGUUCUUUAAUGUAGUUCUAAAUUCAAUUACGCCAACUACUGAACACAAUCCUGACCUGGUUUUAACAGAAUUCAUCCCAUCAAAAGCCCUAAUGCUACUAAAUGAACUCCCGACCUUUGAAAACCUCAACAAAAGACAUCCAGAAAAAUAUGAAUUACCAACCUGUAGAAGAUGCCUAUUCGAAAUUGAAGACAAUACACAUUGGCUAAUAUGUAACUCCAACACAACCACUAUAAGCCAAAUAAUAUUGCAAGCUUGUAACAAACUACAGAAAUCAAAUGAACUCUCGAACCAACAUAUUCAAAGGUUUAUAGCGAAAUACACUAACGUUUACAUAACGAAUAAGACACCUAUAGGAGUAAUCACUUCUGAUACACGAACACCCAAAAAUAUAAUUAAUGCUAUAGAGUUACACGACAUGAUAGCAAAACUAAUACAUGAGCUAAUCUGGGUACUAUCGAGAGUUGCAGUAUAUAGUUCACCAGUUCAAAAUAACAAUAGUACAAAUAAUAUGGUAGCUCAAGUAAACCAGAAACAAGAAGAUGAAAUAUACCAUAUUAAAGUAAAAGGAUAUAAUGACUUCAAUAAAUGA